UACGUUUUUUGGGCUUCAUUCUAUUUGUUUGGGUUGUGGUGUAAUUUUUGUGGCGCACACGCGUACAACAGUAACAUAAAUUGUGGUUGGAAUUAUAUUUAUUAUUUUGAAUAAUGCAGAAUUAAAUUAUAUAAAAAUAGUGAUAAAAUGUUUAGUGUAAAUUGAAUUGAACAAAUAUACACAAUUGGAAUGUGUAUACAAAAAUUUUAAAACGGAGAAAUACAUGUGCCAUACAACCAAAUAUAUUUAUCUCGAACAUACUAAGGUGUAAUAAUUAAAUAAAAUAAUAAUUCUCUAUGAGCUAUAUAAUAUUAUCCUUUCAACUACAUUCGUUACAUUCAUAGUUACAAUAACGAUUUGCUAAAAGUGGUAAGCAUUAGGUAAACACGGAAAUCAACAAAUAGAAACAAUCGAAUAUAGAAGUGAAACAAAGAAAAUACAUAAAUCUAAUUUAGUGUGUGUGAGAAAAAAAGUCAAUCGUCACUUUCAGAGCGUGUUUUAAAAGCUAUCGGAAAUUAUUGAGCGAGUGGAACAUCGUUUAAUUGAAAGCUGUAGUUAUCAAACAAAUUGAUGGAAUUUGAAAAUACGCAAUUCAUUGAAGCUGCUGCUGCGGCGUCGGCAACAACAAGUAUUGUAAAAGAUAUACCUGUCGCUGAACAUAUGCAAUCCGGUUCCGGCCGCUUAUCGUCCAAUGACAAUGACGCGGCAACCACACAAUCGGCAUCCAACGUUACAUUGGAAAAUAAACAAAACCACCCAAAAAUGCAAAAACAGGCAAUGUCUGCUGAUGAGCGAAAUGCAACAAAACGAUCUCUAGUCAUACUGGCAGCGAUCUUCAUAGCCAGCUUAUUCGCAAUGGCCUACGUAUACAUGAUAUUUCCCCAAUUGAAUGAAUCGGAGAAGCAGCACAUUAAGAUACCCCGUGACAUUCAAGACGCUAAAAUGUUAGCCAAGGUUUUGGAUCGUUACAAGGACAUGUACUACUUCGAAGUGAUGUUUGGCGUCGUUACGGCUUAUGUAUUCCUACAAACCUUUGCCAUUCCAGGAUCUUUAUUCCUAUCCAUACUGUUAGGAUUCCUGUACAAGUUUCCCAUCGCCCUCUUUCUCAUCUGCUUCUGUUCAUCGUUGGGCGCCACACUUUGCUACAGCCUCUCGAAUUUGGUUGGUCGUCGCCUGAUACGCCACUUCUGGCCGAAGAAGACAAACGAAUGGUCCAAACAUGUGGAGAAACAUCGCGAUAGCCUCUUCAACUAUAUGCUCUUCCUGCGCAUGACACCUAUCUUGCCGAAUUGGUUCAUCAACCUGGCAUCGCCGGUAAUCGGUGUGCCCGUGUACACGUUCGCCUUGGGCACCUUCUUUGGCGUGGCACCGCCGUCUAUUGUUGCCAUACAGGCCGGCAAGACAUUGCAAAAGAUGAGCAGCUCCAGCGACGCAUUCUCCUGGACAUCGAUGGGAUUGUUGUCGAUAUGCGCACUGAUCUCACUGCUGCCGGGUUUGCUGAAGAACAAGCUGAAAAAGAAGGUCGAAUAAAGUGGCGUCUGGACGCAAACUAUGGUAAACGGGGAUUGGUUUAUUGAACGGCGCAGUCAAUACGACUAACGGGAAUGGACAAUGCGUGAUUUUGUGUUAUUGGUUGUUUUGUCGAUUAAUUUAAGUGCGUGCGUUAAGCGUUAAGAAAAUGAUAUAAAGCUGAAAACAUAGAAACACCCAACGUAGCUGCACGUGUAUGUGUGUAUGUUUUAUAUGUUUUUGAAUUCUUUGAUAUUUUUUUAUAGAAUAAUAUUAGUGCUAUGUACAUGCUAUGAAUUCACCUAUGUUACACAUAUGUAACGGAAAACAAAUGAAAUGCUGCAAUAUAUAGCUUCCUUCCUUUGAAUGUACAUAUGUAUGUAUGUAUGUAUAUGUAUAUUAUUCCAAUAAUACCUUAAGCUGCUACAAAAUAUAAGUUAGUUAAAUUUUAAUUUAUUUAUUUGCAAACUCUAGCACUUACAUAGCUUUGCAGUAUUCCAAUCAGGGUUGCAAUCUUUUUUUAUUCCAAAAAUUAAAAAUCUAAUUUUUAACCUCAACAUCAUCGAUUAAAUUUUCCAAAUUAAAAUUUUUAAUGCUGAGGUUGGGAUUAAAAAUUAAAAAAACAUUUUUUUAUUCGGUUUUGUGGAUUAAAUUUUUUUUAAUCCUGUAUGUUAAAAAUUUUUUUCAGUUUCAUUAAGUUUUUUUUUAUUUUUCAAUCCGGUAUUUGGAAUUAAAUAAAAAUUAUUUCAAAUUUUUAAUGCAGUUAUUUUUUAAAUGUAUUAUUUGCAACCCUGAUUCCAAUUAUUAUUAUUUUCUUUUCUGUAUGAUUUUAUGAAUUGCUCUAGACUAGUUGUAAUAUUCCAUAUUUGCUAUGCUUAAAAUAUCUUUCCAAUGUUUCACCUUAUUUUGCACUAGUAAAUGUAAAAAUGUAAAAGACAUUCUCAAAAGUGUGUCCACAAGUGAAAUGAAUUUCCUAAAUACAAAAUUUUUAUUAAAUUUAAGUGUCAAUAUAACCUAAGUGGCCCCUCAGCAUGCAAUAUGUGUAAAUGUUAGUAGAUAAAUUGGUCUAAGUACUCCUCUAAAAUUGCCAUAAAUGCAUAAUCGGAUCGUAGAUCGAGCGAAAAAUUUUUCGAAAACGAUUUCAUAACUUCCAGAUGUGUACUAGAGGCCGGAAAUGAUUUAUAUUUGCAUUAAAAUGUUAUAAGUGAUUUGCUUUGUAUUAAUUAUUAUAUUAAACACCAUAAUACGAGUAAUAUAUUAUAAUAUAUAGUGCAAAUUAUUCCACAAAAUAAAAUAGUAUUUUGAAAAACCAUAA